AUGAUUGUAGUUGCUUUGGUUGUGUUCUAUGCUAGCAGAAGCCUUUUUCAAGGUUUACUGCUGACUCUAGAGCACCACAUUCCCCGUUUACUGGGAGUCUUGGGGGCUAGCAAUAUGGGAAACUCGUGUGUUUGCCGUGAUGACAGCGGAGCAGAAGACAACGUGCAAUCUCGGAGUCGGCAAACAGAGAACAGUAGAGCACACUUACCUGAAGCGAGAAGCCACCUAAGGGACCCUGUCCGUCCACCCAGGAGGGGUCGAGGGCCUCAUGAACCAAGAAGGAAAAAACAGAAUGUGGAUGGGCUAGUACUUGACACACUGGCUGUAAUUCGGACGUUAGUAGAUAAUGACCAGGAGCCUCCUUAUUCAAUGAUCACGUUGCAUGAAAUGGCAGAAACAGAUGAAGGCUGGUUGGAAGUUGUCCAGUCUUUAAUUAGAGUUAUUCCAUUAGAAGAUCCCCUGGGACCAGCUGUUAUAACGCUACUACUUGAUGAAUGUCCGCUGCCAACAAAAGAUGCAUUACAGAAGUUAACCGAAAUAUUAAACUUAAGUGGAGCUGCUGCUUGCCAGGAUGCUUGUCACCCUGCCAAACACCGGAAUACCACUGCAGUACUGGGCUGCUUAGCAGAGAAGUUAGCAGGUCCUGCAAGUAUAGGCUUACUCAGCCCUGGCAUAUUGGAAUAUUUACUUCACAGCUUGAACUUCCAGUCGCAUCCGACGGUGAUGCUUUUUGCACUAAUAGCCCUGGAGAAGUUUGCACAAACAAGUGAAAACAAAAUGACAGUUUCUGAGUCAUGCAUUAGCGACCAACUGAUCCUGCUAGAGAAAUGGACGGAUAAUCCAGACUAUUUAAAACGCCAGGUUGGAUUCUGUGCCCAGUGGAGUUUAGACAAUCUGUUUUUAAAAGAAGGCAGGCAAUUUACGUAUGAGAAGGUUGACUUGACCAACAUUAGGGCUAUGCUGAACAGUAAUGACGUCAGCGAAUACCUGAAGAUCUCGCCGCAUGGGUUAGAGGCUCGAUGCGACGCAUCAUCCUUUGAGAGCGUUAGAUGUACGUUCUGCGUUGAUUCCGGAGUUUGGUACUAUGAAGUGACCGUCAUUACUUCAGGAGUGAUGCAGAUAGGAUGGGCUACCAAAGACAGCAAAUUUCUCAACCAUGAAGGUUAUGGCAUCGGGGAUGAUGAAUACUCCUGUGCAUACGAUGGCUGCCGGCAGCUGAUUUGGUAUAAUGCCAGAAGUAAACCACAUUCCCAUCCCUGCUGGAAAGAAGGAGACACAAUAGGAUUUCUACUAGACUUGCAAGAAAAGCAAAUGAUCUUCUAUUUAAAUGGAAACCAGCUUCCUGCCGAGAAGCAAGUAUUUUCAUCUGCUGUAUCUGGCUUUUUUGCUGCAGCUAGUUUCAUGUCCUAUCAACAAUGUGAGUUCAACUUUGGGGCAAAACCUUUCAAGUACCCACCAUCAAUGAAAUUUAGUACCUUUAAUGAUUAUGCCUUUCUGACAGCAGAAGAGAAGAUCAUUUUGCCCAGGCACAGGCGCCUGGCGUUGUUGAAGCAAGUGAGUAUCCGAGAGAACUGCUGCACGCUUUGCUGUGAUGAGGUAGCAGACACGGAACUUAGGCCGUGUGGACACAGUGACCUGUGCAUGGAGUGUGCCUUGCAACUGGAGACCUGCCCGCUGUGUCGACAGGAAAUACAGACGCGUGUCAGACAGAUCUCUCACAUUUCAUGACACACGUGGAGAAAGCCCACAGACUUGUUUUUAAGGAACUCCAACCAAUACUGAAAGGGGAAAGCAUCUCUAACCAAUGUUAACGCACAUAGAACCAUAGCCACGGCCAGAUUUCAUGCUAAACUGUAAUCUGUUUAUCUUAAAAAUGAAAUCUUUAAUAAGCUAUUUCAAGUUGCCGGCAACGGGGACUGGUUUCCGCUGUAAGGAGAGCUGGUAGGUCAUCGGGCUAUGGCUAUGGGUUCCUCCAAGCAAGACCCUAGGAGAGUAUCUCUUCUUCCCCCUUCUCGCCUGUCGCAAGUGCUGAAAAAGUUUGCACUGGAAGUACACAUACGAUGCGGUUUAGAAAAGAAGAUAAAAAGUAUCUCCUAAAACAGGGCCGUUCAGUCUUGUGCUGGAAAGUCUCUAUUUUUGGCAGAAGUCAGUGCUCUAAAAAGAGAAUGCCAAUGUUUUCCCGUUUAAUGUAGCCUCCUGCUGGUCAGAGACUCUUUAUUUUCCGACAGUGGAUAUUAAACUGCUCAAAGAC